AGGUGGUGGUGCUGUCCUUCGGAUUCUUUCAUCGUCCGUCCCCACAUCUUCCCACUUCAUUCAAACCAAAGUAUACAAAAUUUCCGGAAUUUGAAGAACAGACGACGGCAUGUCAAGUGUAAAGCAGAUGGAUAAAAAGAGAAGUCCUACAAAUAAUCAGACAAAACGUCCUGCAAGGGUCGAAAGCAGACAGACUAAGUUGCAACAAGAAAAGGGAAGCAAAACUGUAAAACCAAAGGAACCAAAUAAAAAAGUUUUGCCUGCUAGAGCUAAGUCAAGUAUUGUGGUGAGUGACAGAAAGAAGAAUACAAAAGUCGAUGAAGUUUAUGAGAAAUUAUUUGUAGACCAGACAGAUAAAGUCUCUACAGAUUUGUAUAAGGACCCAAAUGAUGAGAAAGAAGAAUCUGACUCGGAGACAGUGACUGAUUCUGUAUCUUCCAGUGGUGAUUCACGGGCUACUGAUCACGACUUGCAUAACUUACAAAUUAACACAUCACCUAAUAUUUCAGAGAAAAUCAAUCAGGACUCAAAGUAUUUAAAGGUUCAUCCCAAACCACCAUCGACUCCUUCAUCUAUAUCGUCUGAAGGUUUUGAUGACCAAGAUUCCGGAGAAUCAAAGGAAGUGGAUAUCUUUAAUGGGGCCUUGAAUGGGAUAGUAAGAAGUGUUGGAAGUGACGGUGAAACAUUUCAUAGUGAUGAAAACACUGAACGCGAAGCAAAAGAAUCUUUAGAUCUAACGGUUUUACAAAUGAAAAUGAGAAUUGAGAAACUUGAAGACGAGUUAAGAGAAGUUGCUGCUCUUGAAAUUUCUCUCUACUCUGCAGUCCAAGAGCAUGGCAGGUCACUACAUACAGUGCACAUACCUGCUCACCGCCUUUCUAAACUGUACAUUCAUAUGGGGAAAAACUUUUCUCAAGAAAAGAGUGCUUCCAUUGGGAGGAAUAUUGUAUCAGGGCUUGUUAUGAUUUCUAGUUCUUGUGGUAAUGAUGUCCCAAGGUUGACUUUCUGGUGGUCAAACGUGAUUGUACUGAGGGAAAUAAUUAGCCAAGCAUUUGAAUCUCAAGAAACAACCUUUAUAUCUGAACUUGAGAAAGUAGAGUCAGGGAUCUUUUCACAAAUCGUCGAGUCUAUAUGGCAGCAGACCUUGAUGCCUUACAUGCUUAAAAAUGAAAAAACUGAAAAGUUACUUGAACCUAUUUCGGAUGGCCAGCAACAAAGCAACUUUUCCAUUGACCUAUGGCUAAAUGCUUUCGGUGGUGCUUUCAAUAGAAUUUGUCCUGUUCGUGCAGGGGGUAACGAAUGUGGUUGCCUUCCAGUGUUGGCAAAAAUGGUAAUGCAACAGUGUGCUGCAAGACUUGAUGUAUCCAUGUUCAAUUGCAUUCUUCGCAAAUCUGAACAUGAAGUUCAAACGGAUUCGGUAUCAGAUCCUAUCACUGAAUCCAGAGUUCUGCCUAUUCCAGCUGAGGAUCUAAGCUUUGGUUCAGGGGCACAACUCAAAAAAGCGGUUGGCAACUGGUCUAAAUUUAUUACUGAUAAGUUGUCAUUGGGCACCGACCAGGCUGCUAAUGAAGACAAUGCUAGAAUCGGUGAACAAAAAUGGUUCAAUCUUCUAAAUUCACUAAGUCAUCUUCUAAUGGUACCAAAGGAUAUGCUUAUGGACAAAUCAAUUAGAGCCGAGGUAUGUCCAUCAAUAAGUCUUUCGUUGCUCAAGCAAGUACUCUCCAGUUUCACUUCAGAUGAAUUCUGUCCAGAUCCAGUUCCCGACACUGUUUUGGAGGCAGUAAAGACAGAGUUAAUCAAUGAAAGUAGAUUAUCGGAAGACAAUUCCAGCAGCUUUCCUUGUGCAGCUCCAACAAUCAUCUAUUUACCACCUUCCUCUAUAGAUGUUGGUAAGCAAGUUUAUGAGGAAGUUAAAGAGUUGGAUUCCUCUACAACCUUUAUGACCGAAAAACAGCCUGCAGCAAAUGGAAAUGCGAGUUCUGUUAGUGCAAAUAUAAGAUUCAAACUUCUUCAUGAGGUUUGGUCAUCAUGAGUACAAAGAAAAAUAGAAAAGGCAUUAUUCUGAGGCAUUAAGGAUCCUAUAUUUUGCGAUUUCGGCUGUCAAUAAAUAUAGUAACAAUCCAUAUUUUGAAAUUUAGGAAAAUGAGUACUACUCAUUAGAGAAAGAGAUUACUGGUGUUCCUCAUACGAGUAUUCUUUUAAAUACUCGUAUGUAGUAGCUGUGAAUAGGCUUUUGGAGUAAAGAACAAGGUUUACUGUUCAACAGAGAAUAUAUACAUACAUAGCUAUGGUCUUAUGGACCAGCUAUACAGAUACAUGUAUAUGCUAAACCAAAUAUCAGUUGGUAUCAAUAUAAAGAUCUUAGCAUCAUUAGCAAUCUUCACCGAUAGGAUGUAGUUAAACAAAUGAUUGUUUAAUGAACGAUUCUGGUUGGAUUUCGAAAACUGUAUUCUAUUCAACUUUACAAAAU